CUGCCGCAGCUAAAACAGGGUGGCAACUCAGCGGCGCAACAACUGAAAAACCUUCGUCGCGCGCAUUGAAAACACUGCAGUCGCAGGGCAUAAAAUAUGCUCUACGCACCAUUGCUUAUUAGUGAAUAAUAACAAUCAGCAGUUAUUUUUACUUGCGCCGAGCAACGCCGCAUGCAAAUCGUCGCAAAAUGGCGCUUAGAAUUUGGAUAAGAAUCGAGCGGCGGAAAGCUUACGUAAGUGCAGAAGGCAACAACAACGUUGGAGGAAGAGAGGAAACAAGUUGCUGGGAAGAAACAGGGUGUUUCGUUCCUGCCCAGCCAUGUGGUUGAAGGGGUGAUCAGACCAUAUGAGUGAGACACCCUGUUUCCUGCCAGAGAGAGCCGCAGAGCGAGAGAGCAGCGCACCCACACAAGAACAACGAGUAUACAGCGGAAAGCGACGUCGGCAGAGCACUUUAGCCGACUAUUGCAGUACAUAAUGAAAUCGACGAAACCGAAAAUCAGAAACCAAACGGACCACUAGCGAGCUACAACUCUGCCACGGCUACACUUUAUACACUCACGAUGUACUCCUCCACCGCCUCGCUCGCCAGCACACACACACAGACAGCCGCGUGCGUGCGAGAGAGGAAGUAAAAAAUAAAUAUGAAGACGAAAAAAAGCAAAGUGCAUCUCACCAUGACAAUGGCGGAACCAUAAAAACACAUGUUCCCAUCUUGAAUCGAAGCGAAUUCGGCGGCCCACCUCCUUCGAAAAAAUGAAAAUAAAAUAAAACGGGCGAAAAAAUCUGUAUACGCGAAAAAGUUGAGCUGCUGAAACAUGGAAACCUUGCAGUUAUCGAUUCGCCUCGCUCAUUGCGCAAUGAAAAAUAGAGGUCGCGGAGAGAGCCUCUCUCUUUUCGAGGCACCUGCAACGGCGAUAGGAAAUGCAAAUCCGCCUUCCACUUUCCAGCUCAAAAGUUCAAAGUUCACAUGCAACUAUCAACUGGGUGCAGCGCAUGUCCGAGGUGCACCGAAAUCCCCGGACCGAAAAAAGGGAGGCAGAAAACUAUUCGCCUUCCAGGCGCCGCACGAAGAUUGGUGGCCUGGAAUUCUGCAGAUUGAAGUGAAUACCGUAUACAACGCUGAUCGAAUUAAAUUCGCAAUGGAAUCUAAUGUGCCUCCUGUCAUACCAAGUCGGCAGUAUCAUACCAAUUAGUUGGGUUUUCGUGGGUGGUCAGCAAAUUAUCAGAUAUUUGGGUUCCACCUGUGUCACCUGACUUUUAAUGUGAUAAAUUCACCUUUUGUAAAAUCAUGUGUACCUUUAAAACAAAAUUGUAUAAAUUGAAGUCUCAUGUUUGUCGAAUUUGUUGAGGAAGAUAUAUUUUUAAGCAAUUUUAAAGUAAAAUUAAAUGAAAACCUCAACUUGUUAAUGAUCCCUCUUUCUUUAUAUUUAUUCUUGUUGAUAGACUAAUUUUUGUUGUUUAAGAAAUUACAAAUGCAAUGUUGGUCGAAUACUAGGAACGUAAAAUAUUUGAUAUUUAAACAUGGCAUAACUAUUUUGUAUAAAAUUAUAUGUACUGAUCAAAUUAAACCGAAUGCCGAACAA